CGGUCACACAGCGUUUUCUCAUCCGUUGAGCCGCGCCGCUUCACGCUUCCUAGAAAUCCAUCCUCUUCUUAUUGGCUCAAGCAAUUUCUCCGCCUACUCUCCUAUUCCAGUACAGUCAUCAUGAAACUCAACUCCAUCCUCGGAGGCCUUGCCUUCAUAUCCUCCGCCUAUGCAGCCUUCGAUCUUAACAGAGGGGGCGCCGUCCUCAAAGCCCCAGCUGGCGAAUCGUUCACAUCCGUAACCGGCACCUUCGCCGUCCCAAACCUGACCGGCAACUCUCGCCUCUCAAUAUGGCUCGGCAUUGGCGAUUCUCUCGAGCAAAAGUAUGUCAUCGGUGGCGGCAUUGUCUAUAACCGCACACUUGGAUCCUUCGCAGCUUUCUUUCCCGAAGCUGCCAUCGACACAACAACCCAAGUCCCCGCCCGAGCGAGCGACUCCAUCACUGUGACCGUGUCCCUCACGUCCCCCAACACCGGUACCGUCGUCAUUGAAAACAAGACGCAGAAUAAGCGAGUCUCGCAAACAGUGGCUGCACCCGCUACUGCGGAUCCUUCCCAACUCAAGGCCCAGGCGGCGGAUUGGUGGGUUCAGGGUUACCAGGUUACGGAGGGAGAGCUUUUGACGACGCCGAAUUAUGGGACGAUUACGUUUAGUGGUGUGAGUGCUACUACAUCAAGCGGGAAGAAGGUCGAUGCCACGGGGGCUGGUGCGUACGAACUGCAAGGGACCUCAGGGCAGAUGUUUUCCAAGACAACCAUCUCGGCGAAUCAGAUCCAGGUUCGGUGGCAGCGUCAGUAAGGGUGAUGGAAGAUAAGUGAGAAUAAGGCAAUGUUGUUAUGGGUGUGGAUGGAGUCUCGUGAUUCAAGAAUCAGCAUGAAGGUUGGGUGAGAUAGGGAAAUGCAAUGAUGUUGUAGACUAGUCUUUUUGAAUAGACCAGUACUUCU